AUGGGCGGACUGACCAAGAAUCAAAGGCGAAGGCUUAAAAAGCGCGCACAGAAACAGGCAGAGGCCAAUGGCAUCGAGAUUGAGUCCACUAGUAUCAAGAACGGAUCCAUCACGCCGACAAGAGAGACAAGCAUUGCAUCAACCUUAAACGUGGAGGUAGAGUACGUAAGUGCUGACCUUAGCAAGGAAUUAGCGCUACCACCUGAUGAUCCAAACUAUGAGGAGAUGAUGCGUGUGUUUGGUAAGUUUUCGUCCGCGGAGGAACUUUGUGGCACGACGGAUAACGAGGAUGUUAAAGACGAAGAAAAGAAAGAAAAUGAUGGGGAAAGAGAUGAGGAGGAGGGAGUAAAGAAGAAGGAGGAGGGAGUGAAGAAGAAGGAGGAGGAGGACGACGAACAGGUGUUGUCUAGAAAGGCUCGUAAAAAGAACAAACGGCUGAGUGUUGCAGAGUUGAAACAGCUCGUGUCCUACCCUGAUGUUGUGGAAGCGCACGAUGUCACAUCUGCAGAUCCACGUCUACUGGUAUAUUUGAAGUCGUAUCGCAAUACGGUACCGGUACCGCAUCAUUGGUGCCACAAACGGAAAUAUUUGCAGGGAAAGCGUGGCAUUGAGAAACCGCCAUUCAAAUUGCCUGAGUUUAUUGCCCAAACGGGUAUUGCUGAAACGAAACCUAAGCUCACGCAGCUAGGCGACCUGUACUACGAAGGAAAAGAGUUCGAAGUAAAGCUGAAAACGAAGGUUCCUGGUCAACUUUCUGAUGAGCUUAAGGCAGCACUCGGUAUGGUAGAAGGUGUCCCACCUCCGUGGCUGCUGAAUGUACAGCGAUACGGUCCGCCACCUGCAUACCCAAAUCUUAAGAUUCCAGGUUUAAAUGCUCCAAUUCCCGAGGGUGCCAGUUUUGGUUACCAUCCCGGUGGCUGGGGCAAGCCGCCAGUGGAUGAAAAUGGUGUGCCUCUUUACGGCGACGUCUUCAGUAAGGCGGUCGAAACCGAGCAUCAGGAUGAAGAAAUUAACCGGGAGAGAUGGGGAGAACUCGAAGAGGAAGAAGCGGAGGAUGAAGAUGAAGAAAACGAAGAAAAAGACGAGGAAGCAGAAGACCUUAUGGAAGGUGAUAGUGACGCUAAAGGUCUGGACGCGACUGGCCUGGAAACUCCUCUCGUGGAUGGUAUUUCGAGUGUAGCAUCCGGUCUUACGACGCCGGGCAUCGUGGAUUUGCGAAAGGGCCUUCGAGGAACGGAAACACCUGAUGCUCCCCAGCAGCUCUACACCGUCUUGGAGCAGAGAGAGACAUCGGUGGGGACGUCGCUAUACGGCUCAGGCCAUGCAUACGUUGUACCUGGUGCAGCCGAAAUUUUGAGUAGUGGCACGCGCACGGAGACUGGUCGAGUCAGGCGUCGCUUUGAAGAUGUCCCUCCGUCCGAAUCAGCAGAUCCUACGGAAGACAAAGAGGAGGCUGUACAGAAGAAAAAGAAAGCCAAGACCGAGAAAAGCAAGAAGCUCAAGGAUUUCAAAUUCUAA